UUUGCUCGUCUAAGAAGAGAAAGGUUCCCGGACCUCCUCUUGCUUCUUCUUUAGAAUAAUUUGGAUGGGAUUUGUAAGGCAGAAAAUCUUAAAGAAAAAAGGAUAACCCUUCUUUGUGGUGGAAAGCGUAGGGAAAAAAGGUCACUGCUUUCUUCAAACAAGGGUGCCAUUUUGAUAUUUAUGGGCUUCAUUGUUCCCACUAUGAAGGCAUCUGUUAUUGAAGUCUUGCUCGUUUUGCUGGUAACUGGAAUCCAUUCAAAUAAAGACCUGGCAAAGAAGAUCAAGAAGUCCAAAUUCUCUGUACCUCAAAUCAACUGUGAUGUCAAAGCUGGAAAGAUCAUCAAUCCCGAGUUCAUGGUGAAAUGCCCAGCAGGAUGCCAGGACCCCAAAUACCACGUUUACGGUACUGGCGUCUACGCGUCUUACUCCAGCGUGUGUGGCGCCGCGGUUCACAGUGGUGUGCUGGAUAAUUCAGGAGGCAAAAUACUUGUUCGGAAAGUUGCUGGGCAGUCCGGGUACAAAGGAAGCUAUGCUCACGGCGUUCAGUCUUUAUCGCUGCCCCGAUGGAGAGAGUCCUUCAUCAUCUCAGAGAGUAAAGCCCAAAAGGGUGUAACCUAUCCGUCGACUCUUACAUACUCGUCAUCCAAAACCCCAGCUGGCAAAGCAGGUGAGGCCACAAAAGCCUAUGAGAACCCGUCUAUUACAGGGACAACCACACAGCCCUUCACCCUGAUACAGACUCUAGCUAUCCCAGUAGCUGAGGCUGUCUACAGAGCCACAUCAAAGCCAUUCACAGCAUCUGUAACUAACAGCCCCAGACCCCAACCCGUGGGCCACAGGAGCCAGGAGAUGGGGGAGACAGACCUGUGGAAGCCUGGACCAGUCCUUUUAGAUUCAGGAUCUGUGCCCAAGGAAGAACUCAGCACACAGUCUUCGGAGCCAGUGCCCCAGGGAGAUCCAAACUGCAAAGUUGACUUGUCAUUCUUAAUCGAUGGGAGCACCAACCUCGGCAAGCGCCGCUUCCAGAUCCAGAAGCAGUUCUUAGCGGACGUUGUCCAGGCUCUUGACGUUGGCCCUGCUGGUCCUCUCGUGGGUGUUGUUCAGUACGGAGACAACCCCGCUACCCAGUUUAACCUCAAAACUCACAUGAAUUCUCAAGAUCUGAAGACAGCUAUAGAGAAAAUUACCCAGCGAGGAGGCCUUUCUAAUGUCGGCCGCGCCAUCUCCUUUGUAACCAAGAACUUCUUUUCCAAAGCAAAUGGGAACAGGGGCGGCGCUCCCAACGUGGCUGUGGUCAUGGUGGACGGCUGGCCCACAGACAAAGUGGAAGAGGUGUCACGUGUUGCGAGAGAGUCCGGGAUCAAUGUCUUCUUCAUCACUGUCGAGGGGGCUGCGGAAAGGGAGAAGCACUAUGUGACGGAGCCCAACUUUGCCAGCAAGGCGGUGUGCAGAACGAAUGGCUUCUACUCCUUUAACGUGCAGAGCUGGCUCAGCCUUCACAAGACCGUGCAGCCCCUGGUGAAGCGGAUCUGUGACACAGACCGCCUGGCCUGCAGCAAGACCUGUUUAAACUCUGCCGACAUCGGCUUUGUCAUUGAUGGCUCGAGCAGCGUGGGGACGAGCAACUUCCGCACUCUUCUGCAGUUCGUGGCCAACAUCAGCAAGGAGUUUGAGAUUUCAGACACCGACACGCGCAUUGGGGCCGUGCAGUACACCUACGAGCAGCGGCUGGAAUUUGGAUUCGACAAGUAUAACAGCAAAAACGACAUCCUCAGUGCCAUCAGGAGGGUGGGGUACUGGAGCGGGGGCACCAGCACAGGGGCUGCCAUCCAGUAUGCCCUCGAACAACUCUUCAAGAAGUCCAAACCCAACAAGAGAAAGAUAAUGAUCCUUAUCACUGACGGCAGGUCCUACGACGAUGUGCGGAUCCCGGCCAUGGCUGCCUACCGGAAGGGGGUGAUCACAUAUGCAGUAGGCAUUGCUUGGGCUGCUCAGGACGAACUGGAAGUGAUUGCCACUCACCCUGCGAGGGACCACUCCUUCUUUGUGGAUGAGUUUGACAACCUCUACAAAUUCGUCCCCAGGAUCGUCAAGAAUAUUUGUACAGAGUUCAACUCACAGCCUCGGAACUGAGUUCGGGUCAGACAGUUGGCCAUCUUACUGAAUCUUGGGACUAUCUGCCAACAUUGCCCCUCUUGCUGGGGCAUAAGAAGUGGGCAGAGCUUGGGUAGGGCUGGGAGAAAUGCAUGCAUUGUUACUAUUCUUUGCCAUUGGUGGUUUAAAUGCUUCAAAACCUGCCUGUUAAUAAGCUGGCCGUUGAGUUCAAGGUUGGGUUCAAAUGCUGCACUGUUUGGCGUGUUCUGAAGAGUUCACAAUUUGACAGCUGUUUAUAUCCAGAAGACAGCUGUCAUGACAGGCUUGAAUUGAGCUUUUCUGAGGUGUUUGUUUUUAUUUCUCAUUAGACUACGUAACCUUUCAUACGUUUCUUCUUUUUUGUCUUGAGAUGGUAGGAGUGAUUUAAAUAAAUGUUUAAAAAAUUA